AUGAGUUCUGCUCUUGUGCGACAAUCGGCCUCAAGGUCUUUGUACUGUAGAAGAGGCCUACCAAUCGCUGUUAGUGCGCUACCGGCUACGCAAUGGCGCUCACAUAGCAGCUACAACCACUUUGUUGGUCGUACUAAACUCGCUGCCGCGGAUCCAAACGCCGAUUUUCUUCCUUUUAUGUGUAAGGAUGUGAAACCUUUUACACUCGCAGUCAAGGAUAAUAUUGCAACCUCUGAGUUCCCGACACAAUGCGCCUCGAACAUCCUCUCAUCUCAUCCUUCACCAUUUGAGGCUACUGUCAUCCGUCAAUUGCGUAAACGAGGUGCAACUGUUGUUGGAAAGACGAACAUGGAUGAGUUUGGUAUGGGAUCUCACUCAACAAACUCAGUUCAUGGCGCAGUAAAGAAUCCUUUGGCCAAGGACGAUGAUGUAUCAGCUGGUGGAAGCUCUGGUGGAAGUGCUGUUGCGGUACGCUUAGGAGAUGCCGACAUCGCAUUGGGAACAGAUACUGGCGGUUCAAUUCGAUUACCAGCUGCUUAUACUGGGACUGUUGGCUACAAGCCUAGCUAUGGCAUGAUCUCUCGAUUCGGCGUCGUUCCAUACGCGAACUCUUUGGAUACGGUUGGUCUCCUGGCCAAGGAUGUUAAGCCGAUACAUGAUCUUGUUUUCAAGACAGGCAUACAUGAGGAAUAUGACUCCCAGGAUCCAACAUCAUUGCCUGCGGCAUCCCGGAACCGAUGCACUGAAACAACGCCAUCUAGUCUCCCCGACCUUUCAAAGCUAAAUAUUGGCAUUCCCCUCGAGUACAACAUCGAUGAGCUCGAUCCUUCUGUUCGCGCCGCUUGGAUAUCUGCCGCCUCCGCUCUUGAAGCUCAGGGUGCAACAUUGGUACCCAUCUCACUACCAUCCACCAAGGAAGCGCUCUGUGCUUACUACGUCCUUGCACCGGCGGAAGCUCAUUCAAAUCUUGCCAAGUACGAUGGUGUCCGCUACGGAAAACGUGGUGAAGGCAGCGAUGCAGUUGGUGAGACACUCUACUCUGAUACCCGUGGUGAAGGCUUCGGUGAAGAAGUCAAGCGACGAAUCCUCCUCGGUACAUACAGUCUCAGCUCCGAAGCCAUUGACAACUACUUCAUCCAGGCCCAAAAGGUUCGAAGAAUGGUGCAAAAGGAUUUCGAUCGUGUCUUCCGACUUGAUAACCCUCUCUAUGAGCCUGCGCAAUUUGAUCUGAGCGACAUGGCUGAGGCUACUGGUAUGGAGGACAAAACUGGCCCUGUUCAGGUCGACUUCAUACUAUGUCCUACAGCACCCACGUUCCCUCCGAGAUUAGAGGAGAUCAAGGAGCAAAGUACUGUAGAUGCAUACAUGAACGAUGUGUUCACGGUGCCCGCAAGUCUGGCAGGUUUACCAGCUGUGAGUGUGCCAGCUCAGGUAGAAGGGAGUCAGUUCCCAGCAGGACUGCAACUUAUUGGACAGUACUGGGAUGAUCAAAGGAUGCUUCAGUUGGCGGAGAAGCUGAAGUCUUUGACCGCAUGA